AACUGUUGAUGAAAUGGCUGCUUGUACAAAAAACUUACUGCUUUUGUCAACAUCAACUGUUCAUGGAACAGAAUACCUGCAGUAUGCUUCUGAACAUAUAAAGACAUUCUUAUCAAAAAUAGAAAAUUAGGUCCAAAAUUGAGGACAAAGGCCCAACUUAAAGCAAAAUGUGAUAAGCUGAAUAUAUAGCAAGAUUCAAAUAAAACAAUUGCAGGAGAAAAAGAAACAAAUAAUAAGAUAGAUUAAAGAUUCAAAUAAUGAUUCAAAAACAUACACUGAAGCAAUUAAAAAAAAAAAAUGUGUUUGUAGAAGAUCACUUUGAGGUGAAGGAGACAGCAACAAUAGAAUGGCAAUGGUGGAAUGUGUCAAACAUACUAUUCAUUCCCUAUGCAUUAAAAGAUUAUGAUGCCUACACUAACAAAGCAAGGAAAGCAUUAGAAACUUUUGGCUUCAAAGUUAAAGGUAUUCAUGAAAUGGACAAUCCUGUAUCGGCAGUAGCUAAGGCAGAGGCUGUGUUUAUAGGAGGAGGAAAUACCUUUCAGCUACUAAAGAGCCUAUAUGACAACAAAAUUGUGGAACCUAUUCAACAAAGAGUGUUAAAGGAUGGGAUGCCUUACAUAGGAAGUAGUGCUGGAACAAAUGUUGCUACUGUCAGCAUUUGCACAACAAAUGAUAUGCCUAUAGUGUUUCCACCAACUUUCCAGGCACUUUCACUUGUACCUUUUAAUAUCAAUCCACAUUAUUUGGACCCUGACCCUUCUUCCAAGCACAUGGGGGAGACACGUGAGGAGCGAAUCAGACAGUAUCAUGAAAUUUCUGGAAUGCCACCUGUCCUAGGAAUGAGAGAGGGGUGUAUUUUGCAUGUGGAAGGCAAUAAAGCUGUUCUUAAGGGAUUAUGUGGAGCAAAAUUAUUUAGUCCUGCAAAGCAGCCUAAAGAACUGGAUGUUGGAGCAGACGUUAGUUUCCUGCUGCAAAUUUAAGUUUAUUCUUCAGCUCUUUACCCCUCUUAUCAGUGCAGGAACUGUAAAGAAAAUGUUAAUGGAGAAGAUAAGGACAUCUACUUGCACCAAUUAACAACACGAUUAUAAUAAUAAAUGUCUUGGUGGAGAACCAUGUUAUUUUA